GCCCUGCAAGUGUCUGGAAAACAGUGGAAGGUUGGACUUUGCCUCGAUCUCCACUCCAGUUGUAAGAAUUGGGGAAAGUGGGAGCCACGCAAGUGCUGCACGAGUGUAUUUAUGGUAUGUGUGAGUCACAGUGAGGGAGAGAGAGAGUGACACAGAACACGCUGUAUUGAGGGAAUGUACAGGAACAAAUGCUACAGAGUGAUGGCACAUAAAAGUUGGUAUCUGCCUCCUCUUUUUUUUCCCCUGCACAAAGAAGCUCUUCAUUGACGCCUUUCUGAUCUUCUCUCUGUAAUCAUGUCAAACGGGUCAAGAUUCAAGCAAGCUGACAUGUGUCCCCCCCCCCCAACAUCCUUCCGUCCGCCAGCUUCAUUCAAAAGUUUCAACCACAGACGUCCCUUAUCCAGACUUUGACAGAUCUUUGUUUCAUCUUCCAUAGGCUUUGGCAUUCUAAUGAGUGUGUCCUUGUGGCCUGGGAGGGAGAAAGGGACAUGUGCCAUGCUACUGUAAUUACAUUACAGCCAGCUUAGCACUGCCACGGUCACUGACCCAAUUAUUCCUUUGAAAAUAUCACUUUUAUUGUGUCAUCUGAAAUAAUGCCAUCUUUGAGGCGCAACAAGAGCUCGGUUCAGGGCUGGGGGUCAGGCUCCAACUGUACGACGCAUGCAUUCGAGGACACAUAAUGUCUGAGGAAUGGCAUUGACAGACUGAGAAGGUCUAGGUUGAGCAGUUCAAGUUCAUAGACUGGUCUCAAACACGGUCACGAUCCUCUGGAGACUGUUUCCACUCCGCUGGUUGCACGUCAGGUGAUAGACGACUGACAUAGGUGUUCGAUUUCAUACAAACCUCUUAUUCACGCCCUCUUCAAACAAACAUGUAAACUUUUCUCUCUAUGAACGGAUGAUUUUCUCCGCGUUCUUUGGGCCCAGCCUUAUGACAGGAGCAUGCAUGGGCACAUCAGCGCUGAAGCUUUGUGAGGGCCGGACAUGCUGCGUCUGUGUGGGAUCUGUUUCAGUUGUCUUUGCAACUCUUCUGCACUUUUAAGUCUGUGUUUGAGGAUGGAUUCAUUUUCCUUCUGCUGGAGCGUCCUCUGGGCUUCGUCUCAAUCCUCUGUGUUGUUUGCAGGAAAACAGCAGCGUUUGUCCUUCUUGGACGUGUCCUCAGCACCAGCGAUCUCCCCCCCCCCAUCAGUAUCUGUAUAUUUAUGUCCAUGACAGCAGGGGCCAGUAGUAGAUAUCAAAUGUCUGGGCUAAUUAAUCAUCUGCGAUCAUCUCAACAAGCUGCAGAAUGCUCCUUGGCACUUUUGUUGGCACCAAGUGACCACAGAUAGAACUAAUGGGUUUCUGAGUGGAGCAAUUAUGACAAUCAAAGCGUCUUCAGGGACAUGAGCUCAUAGUUUGAUGACCAGUCUUGUCCAGUGUCAACGUCUCAGACACUGGGGGACUCAUCUGUCUUUUACCAGCUAAUUGUUUUAUCAAGACGAUCCACAAGAGUGAGGUCGAAGCUGAGGACGCUGACGUAUCACUGCAGUGUGAAACGACUAAUUCCAAGACUGGGUAAUUGUCUCAAACUGACCUAUUAAUAGCAAAAGAAAACAAUGACCUCAUCCUUUGCUAUAUACCAUAACAAAGUGGCUCGUUUUUUUUCUAUUGAGAAUUUAUCAUCUUUAGAGAAGCAGCACUGAGAAACUUUGGAACUUUCCAAAGAGCUUUCGAUUCAUCAUGUGGGGCAUGGAGUAACACUCUGCAGGAGCUGUGGUUCCACAUUUGAUUUAUAUCAUUGUUGAGUGAAAUGUUUGACUGUCAAAUCAAAACCCUUGUACCCCUCCAUCAUGUCGAGGCCGCUCUCCAUGUCAAACGCAUACGGAAUUAUGAGUGAUGAGUCAAGCUUUGACUGAUAGGACUGGUUGUACCUGUUUACACGCUGUUUAUACCACUGCAGCUCAUGUGUGCCCGCUUCUAUUUUUGUUUUCCCUGCUGCGGUUUCCAAAACACUCUGAGUUCACCUUUAGUUCUUCUUUUAUUUCUUGCGUUAUAUUGUAAGUUGUUGUUUUUUUUUAUGUGUGACAUGAUCCCACAGGCUGCAGACAACUUAAAAACAUGAUUCACUUCACUAUACUAAACUAGCUAUACAAAGCUAUUUGACAUUUUUGUCCCACUGUAAACAAUCCAGCAGUCUGUAUAUGUUAACUGCAGGAACCAGUCUGGCAAAACACUUUGUAACACCGGUCUGGAUUUGCACUUAUUCGCUGCCAGUUUACCAUUUCCGACUCAGGGGAAAUGUUUUGCUCACUGGUGACAUGAUAUGAAAAAUACAAAGACGUGGGAUCGUAAAGCUUCUCAAAUACCUGUGGAAUGAGAAUGAGGGAAGAGAAAAUGUAAAGAAGAAAAACCUAUAAGUCCAGUUUUAGUGUUGUGCCUGCUGUGCUUUAGAAAAGGGAGGGGCUGUAUAAGAUAAAGGGAUGUACAAGCACACAUGUUCAUUGAGGUCUCAUCAAGCAUAGCACUGGAUAUAGGUGUGGUUUUGGAGAUUCCUGACAUGAAAGAAACGGAUCUUCCUCACUUCAAAAGGAGUUGCGUGAACACUAUCUCUAGCACUUUCUUCAGAAUUCAAGACAAGAAGUCACAACAGAGUUUCAAUGCUCCUCCACGUUCUAAGAUGAAGUUAUGGAAAGGUGCCACUUUUGCCUUCAUGCUCUGUGGUGCAGCCCUGUCCAUCCUCCUCAUUAGAAACAUGGCCACUAUUGGACAGUUCAAACCAAGGACAAAACAUCCAUACACAUUCUCAUCUUCUUCAAGUCACUCUUCAACGUCAGAAUCAACACCUAGGACCUCACCGCUAUCACCCUCAUCCUCGGCGGCACCCCGGCACAUGGUGGCUCUCCGCCGCAGUUCCCGCUCAGCAGAGAACAUGAACUCUCUCCUCUCAGACUUUUCCAUGAUGUUUCAGAGCUUCACAGAAAGUGAGCUUCAGCACAUGGUCGGGACUUUGCUGGACAGGAAGAGAAGAAAGACCCGGCGUCUGGGCGACAGCCAGGCCCGGAGGACUAAAAGAGCCCGCAAGCCCAAGCCCUGCUCUCUGAGGGAGCUGGAGUUGACUGUGAGUGACCUGGGUCUGGGCUACGAGAGCGACGAGACGGUGCUGCUGCGAUACUGCAGCGGCAAAUGCACAGCCCACCGGCAAAACUAUGACAUCACAAUGGAGCAUAUGAUGCGGUCGGGCUUCAGGGAGAGGGGGCGCAAGGACAAGGUCAGCAACGGGCCCUGCUGCCGGCCAAUCGCAUUCGAGAAAAACUUUUCCUUCCUGGACAAUAAGAGUCGCUAUCACACGAUACAGAACGUGUCGGCGAAGAACUGCGGGUGUGUAUGACCCCCGAGAAAUGGACUUGUUACUUCUUCAUGCUGCUCUCAGGCUUUGUUGGACGAGUUGAGCGAGGACGCUGUCAAAAGACAAAGGAAUAUUAACUCGAGAAGAGAAGAGAAGGAAGCGGAAUCUGUCAUGUUUGACAGACGCUCUGCUGGGUGUCUGUCACCAGAGCUUGGGAUUGAAAUCCCAUGGACAGCAAGUGCUGUGUUUGUGCGGAUUCCAUGUAAAAAAAGACAUAACUGUUCAUGGCAAAACCCUUUUUACCAUCUUUUCUAUCUGUGUAGUAACACUGUAAACUGUGGUGGAACGACAGCGUAGCAGCAUCCUUUGGGAUUUAGCUGUAGAACAUGGAUAGACUCACGAUGACCAUGAGCACAUGGGGAACUAGAUUAUUGCUGUUACUAAACUUCACAUUCACAAGUAUUAAAUCAAAGUCCAAAUCUUAUAGUGUAAUAAUACUAAUAAUGGUGACUGUAAAUCACUGUUCAGUAAAAAAAAGGUUCUCAAACAAUGUUUACUUACUUAAGGUUCUGUAAAGAUGUGGACUUAAAUCUGUGUUGGACGUUGUGACCUGUUUGUAUGCAUUACUGUUACUGACUGCAGUGUUAUUACACAGGUGGAAAGAAGAAGUUCAUAAUAAGUUAUUCAUAAUAAUAAUAAUAAUAAUAAUGAUGAAAGAAAAUCCUUUUCUAUAGCUCAAGAUUUGAUCCCCACUUUUCCUCCGUCUUUUGUAUAUUGAUAAUGUGUAGAUUAACAACAAGGGCCUGCUUUCCAACACAUGGAUUAUAGCUCACACUCAAAGAAGCUGCCAACAAAAGUCAAGUCUUUAAAAAAUAAAUAAAUAAAUAAACAAACAUGUCUAAUAUUGCAAUUACCCUCAACAUCCUCUAGGAUUGCCAAAAAGCACAAAGUCAAUUUGGAGUUUGUGAUUCACUCACAAACUCAGAUUUCAUGUCCCAGGUUAUAAAAUGGAAUCGUCUCUGGGUUUAAUUGGCGAUUGUUUACACUCACAGUGGAAAAUGAAUCUAAAAAUCUGCGGUGGCAUUUCCUCACUGACAGAAAAGUAAAUAUGAAGUAGAGACGAGUUUGUAGCCAUUCAUACGAGCAGAAGCCCACAGUGCAGCCUUCCACUGGCCCAUGGAAUGCCUCCUUGUUGUAUUUGCCGAGUAGAAAAUAAGCUGUUGAAAUGAAUUAUGAAGCAUCUUUUUCACCUUCUAUCUUUCUCUGGUUUGAACCCAUCGCAAAUGUUUGCCUGAAGUACGAUGAGUUAUGUUUUUUGUUUGUUUU